UUCGUCCUUCUUUCUAUGACUGAUUUCUCCAUUUUUCCAAUUUCUCUUAACAGUACUCUAUAUGUUCGAUUUUGAAAAACUACCCAUGGUGCGAUUCGGUUUCGGUUUCCAUGUUGGAAGACGAACAUGUUUCUGAUUUUUGUAAUCAAAAGUUUUAACCCUUAUCAUUUGUGGUCUCGUCGUUAGGGUUCAAAGACAAAGAUAUGCAUCAAAGUUUAAAGUAAUGACAUAAGCGAAGAAAGGAGUCGGUGGUGACUUGAUACGGUAAUUAUCUCCCUCACCACAGCGUCUCCAGCCACAUCCCAUCGAUUUCCCCAGUUCUAAACAAGAUGUUAAGGUGAUUGAAUAAUGCUACCUAUAUUAUUUAGCGGCGAUAGCGAUGGCGACGUUCUAGGGUUCCAUGAAUCCACGACGGUGGAAUCCCCGAAUUGAACGGGAGUUUCAGAUCGAGACGGUAUUCGUUCAAGAGAGUAAAGAUGGAAAGUUUGGGAUCUGUUGGAGGGAUCGGGGAAGAAGAUCUCGAUCGGAUCUUCGACGGGUUUCGGGAAAAUCAUCACAAUAUGGAAAGCGAAUAGGGAUAUCAAUCUUCUCUCAGUCAAAAUCCCCGCAAACCGAAGGAAAAAAAGAAUCUUGGAGACUACUAUAAAAAGGGCCUUGGUUUCUGCUUUUUCUACAUCACAUUUGAAAGUUUUCAUACAUACGAAUUCUUCUUUCUCAGUCGUUCGUUUGUCAGCUCAUUGGAAGUUCUGGAGAGAUGAAAAAUGGCGAAGGGGCUCGUAAGCGAUUGAAGAUAUCGGUCCCUCACUUCAACAACUCGGAUCUCAUCAAGGGCUAUUCCAAAACAUUAAUUGGAAGAUGCAUGAACCCGGAGGAGCAGAAUGUCAAGUUUCUGGUGGUGACGCUUCCUAAAAUUUGGAAUUUGGAAGAAAAAGUUAUGGGUACUGAUUUGGGGCUUGGGAGGCUUCAGUUUGACUUUGAUGCCGAGGAAGACAUCGAAACGGUGCUGAAGAUGCAACCAUGUCAUUUCGACUAUUGGAUGAUUUCUCUGGUUCGUUGGCAACCAAAGAAGUCCAAAAACUACCCCUCGGAGAUCAAUUUCUGGAUUAAGGUUUUGGGAGUGCCUUUGGAGUUUUGGGAGUCUCCUACUUUCCGGAGCAUUGGCGAUGCAAUUGUUGUAACAAAAGCAGUUGAUUUGGAUUAUGGUCGAGUGCAAGUGGCGGUCGAUGGGUACAAGGAGCUGACGUUUGAGACGACAGUUGACUUUAAGGCAGGAGAGUACUAUGAAGAAGAAGAAGCUCCAGUCUCUUUGCGGUACGAAAAACUGUUUGGUUUUUGUAAAACAUGCCUCAGCAUUUGCCACAAGAUGGAGAAGUGCCCGCUGAACUCAAACAACUCUGACAAGACGAUGGAGAUAAGGGAUGAACCCGAAGCAGGUUUUGAUGAUCGGGCUCGAAGUUACAAAGGUGUGGUGAUUAACGGAAAUGGAGGGCAACAAGAUAGGGGAAGAGAGAAACGUGAGCACCAGGGGAAAGGCAAAGAAAAAAUGUUUGAGGAAACAGACUCAAAGUGGGCCAGGGCUGCAGAUAGGGAGCAUAAAUCUUACAAUAACAGAAACCAUCGGAGUGGUCACUGUGGAGAGGAGGAAAGUUCUCGUCAUAGGAACUCCAGAAGGGAGCAGACAAGGACUCAUUAUCAAGAUGAACGCGCAAGAGUUCCUACAGGCCCGAGAGGUGAAAGAGCAGCUCGCAGUGAGGCUCGAACGGAAGGGAAGGAAGAAGGCGAGAUCAAAGAGAAAGAGAUGGAGCGGCCAAACCAUAAGGUGGAGAAGGUACAUGAUCAGGCACAACCUUCUCAAGCUUUCCUUGUUGAGGUAAUGGAGACACAAGGAGAAUUAUCUAAGGUAAUAUCGAAUCCUUCUGGUGGAGAACAAGAGCCAGACUUGGAAAAUAUGGAUUUGGGUUUAGUGGAAGGGAAUAAUUUAGAAUCUGAUGUGGGUACGGGAUUGGAAGAACAUCAUAUUGGUAAUGCUAGUAUCGGGAAUCAGGAGAGUUUGUGGGCUGAAUCUCACGUAAUUUUUGAGGAAGAGAUAAGGAAGAUGUAAGAAUGCAGGAGGUUGCGACUGGGGAUCUCGAGGAAAAGAAGCAUAUGGAGGAUAUGGAAGGGAAAUACCGGGUUACUGGGGAGGUGGAGAAGAGGCAGAGCACACGUAAAAAGGCGGUUAAGCCGUCUCUGGGUGCAGCAGCUUCCAACAAGUUGAAGAUGGCUCAGCUGGUGGCGGCCAAACGCACGGUAGCCAAACCAGGCAUUCGUCAUGGUGAUUACUCUAAGCAGGGAGAGGAAAAGGGCACAUCAGGUCCAAGACAUGAUCCUGCAAAGCAAGCAAAAGAUCCAUGAAUCAAAGCGUCAUGAUAGAGAAGUUACGUGGGCAUGUUAUGGUUUAUGUUUUUUUUUACAGUUUCAAUAAGCUCUUUGAGCAUUUGUACUUGUUUUUUCUUUGAUUUUCUGUUGGUUUAUGGUUGUUUCUUGUUAUCUUGGGCUGUGGAAUGGUCCUUCAAUAAGGUUUCUAAAAGGAAUAAAAACGGUUUGUUAGUGAGACAUUGGUGGUAUCAUUUUCUGUUACGAGUUGUAUACAUCAGAAUGUAUGGGAUGAGUUUUUCGCCUU